CAGUUUGCUGACAAAACCCACAAAGAACACAUUCCCUGCAAACUUCAUGGACAAGUUCUACAAGAAAGAACAGCUAUGACAAGUUGUUGUUAUUAUUAUUUAAAUUCUGAAAAUAUUUCAUGAAAUUUAGAAAUAACUUUUUGGAAAAAAAAGUUACAGAAAUUUCUGAUUACCACAAGCUCUAAAGGGUGGUUUCUGACUUCUCUGCAAGACAAAGUCAUCCCAGGAAGAACUGCACCUGAAUCCACAGGAAAUGCACCACAGCUAGAGCCUUGACAGGUAAAUUAUGGAUUGCUGGAAGGGAGCCGUAAGCCACAGCUGGAUUUAUCCCACGGUGAUCAUCUGUGCAAAUGGAUUUUUCACCACAAUGAGGCCAUCAGAAUCUUUUCUCACCCCCUAUCUAACAGGACCAGACAAAAACCUAACGACUGAAGAGGUUACCAACCAGAUUCUGCCAGUCUGGACAUACUCCUACCUCGCUCUCCUUUUCCCAGUGUUCCUGCUCACAGACUACGUGCGCUACAAGCCCGUCCUCCUCCUGCAGGGCAUCAGCCUCAUCGUCACGUGGCUCCUGCUGCUCUUUGCACAUGGAGUGCUGGCCAUGCAGCUGGUGGAAUUCUUCUAUGGCAUGGUCACAGCCACCGAGGUGGCCUAUUACGCCUACAUCUACAGCGUGGUCAGCACCCAACACUACCAGAGGGUCACCAGCUACUGCAGGAGUGUCACUCUGGUGGCGGCCACCGUGGCCGCCGUGCUGGGACAGCUGCUGGUGUCCCUAGCAGGCGUGUCCUACUUCCACCUCAACGCCAUCACCCUGGCUUCCGUGUCCCUGGCGUUCCUGUGCGCCUUCUUCCUGCCCAUGCCCCAGAGGAGCAUGUUCUUCCACAGGAAAGACGCCCCCGAGCCUGUGCCAGGGCCUGCCAAGGGGCUGCCUGUGAGUGCUGCCCGCAGGCCCUCCAGCUGCCAAGAGGAAAGGAGCCCUGAUCCUGCUGCCAGGGCCGCGGGCCCCCAGCCCCAGGCUGGCAAUGCCGGGCCCCUGCGGCACAUGCUGAGCGUGCUGCUGCAGCUGGGCAGGGACCUGAGGCACUGCUACGGCUCCCGCCAGCUCCUCUACUGGUCCCUGUGGUGGGCUCUGGCCACGGCCGGCUUCAACCAGGUGCUGAAUUAUGUCCAGGUGCUGUGGGACUUCCGGGCCCCCUCGCACAGCUCCGCAGUGUACAACGGAGCUGUCGAAGCAAUAGCAACUUUUUUGGGUUCAGCAACAUCCAUGGCAGUUGGGUAUGUCAAAGUAAACUGGGAUCUCUCUGGAGAACUGGCUUUGGGAAUUUUCUCUGCACUGGAUGCUGGUUCUCUGCUUCUUAUGCACUUCACUGACAACAUCUGGGCAUGUUAUGCUGGUUACCUUGCAUUUAAAGCUUGCUAUAUGCUCCUUAUAACAAUAGCAACGUUUCAGAUUGCUGUCAACCUCAGCAUGGAGCGUUAUGCUUUGAUGUUUGGCUUCAACAACUUUGUUGCACUGGUGAUUCAGACGAUUUUAACUGUUGUUGUAGUAGAUUCAAGAGGUCUGGGACUGGAUAUCAGCACUCAGUUUCUCAUUUAUGGCAGCUACUUCACAGUCAUAACUGGCAUUUUCCUGAUCAGAAGCAUGUACACCAUAAUUUCCAUCAAAUGCAGAAAUACAAGUGUGGCUGCUGAAAGCACUGCCCCUUAACAACUGAGACAAAAGCAAUGGUUACAAGCAACAAUGCAGAAGUCUCCAUCAUCUGGACAACAAAUCAGGAGAAAAAUAAGUUCAAUCAAGCCAAACUGGUCCAGGUUGAAGCAAGCUGUUUAUGAGCCUAAUGCACAGAGAGCUUUGUCAACAGGAUGAUGCAUUUACUCCAUUUUCUUCACCAGCAGUUUAAUGCAAACAUUCCUCAAACAGUCUACUAAUUCAAGUUGAGUGAUCUGACAUACAAACUUCUAUUAAGGUUCAGUGAGCACAAGGACAUACAAAUGCCUGAACCUCACACCAUAGGAACUCACAGAACAACCUUGGGACUUUCCCUUCUUCUGAGUAUUUCAAUUUAAGGCAAUUUAUUUACUGACAGAAGACCAUCAGACAUGGCCAGGGAAUCUAAAGCAGCUGAAACACACAAUGACCUGUCAGAAAAUUUGUCACAGAGGCCUUUGGAAAUCGUAAGGCUUUUUCAACUGGACAUCACAUCUGCCUUACAGAACUCAGGAUGGUCCUGCAAGUGUAACAUCUUCUCACACUUGUAACAGCUGAUGUUUAGGACUGAAGUCUAAUCUAGGAGGUCUCCAUAUUAAUUUCUGUAUAAUAGGCCUAAAGUUAUCAAGUGAAGUGCUUUGAUGCUAAAGCAUAAAAAUACAGCUUUUAGGCAGCUAUGCUACUUGCAUGAACAAUUGAGGGAACAACUGCAGAUUUCCACAAUAAAAACAUUUAAAUUCAGGGAUGAAAAAUUCAUUUUGUAAAUAAAGCCAUUUUAAAACCUAA